AUGGCAUCCUGCAUUUUUUGUCGCAUCAUCAAGGGUGAAAUUCCCUCAUUCAAGCUCUUUGAAAGUGACAAGACCCUUGCCUUUCUUGACAUCGGCCCUCUCAGUCAAGGCCACGCUCUUGUUAUCCCCAAGCACCACGGUGCCAAGCUGGCCGAUAUUCCCGAUGACCAUCUCAGCGAGAUUCUGCCGGUUAUCAAGAAAAUUGUCAAUGCGACUGGUGCCACCGACUAUAAUCUCCUCCAGAACAAUGGCCGCAUUGCCCACCAAGAAGUCGAUCAUGUUCACUUCCACAUGAUUCCUAAGCCCAAUGAGACGGAAGGCCUGGGCAUUCAAUGGCCCACCAAGCCAGCCGAUAUGGAGAAGCUUGAGGCUUACUGCGAAGAGAUCAAGUCUAAGAUCUAA